CUUAACUGCUUUUAAAAUCUUUCAUGUUUCUGACGGUGUUCUUCAUUGUAGAACAAGACAUACAAACUGUAUGGGAUGGUGGAUCACAUGGGCAGUAUAAGUGGUGGACAUUACACAGCCACCGUCCUGUCUGACGAGGACAACACCUGGUAUGAGUUUGAUGACGCUCAUGUCAGAAAGGUUAAAGAACAACCAUUUGCACAAACCAGGACUCACAAUUCCUGCACUGCAUAUCUACUCUUGUACAGAGCCUCGAGGAGUCAGAGAGACGAGGGGAGAGAGCGACAGGAUGAAACCGGUCAUCUGGAUCAACAGAUGGGACACAAAGUGGAACACAAAAGACAAAUCAGGGAAAGUGCGAGGCAUAAAGAAAACAGACCAGCUGAAGAUAGAAAAGAGAGGGACAAAGAGUCAUUCAGGCAUUCCCACAGAGGAGAGGAGGGUCAUCCAGAGCAUGGAAGGAAAGCUUCGAGCUUCACCAGGGACCAGCACAGGGCCCCAGCAGAGACAGAUGAUUUCCUCCCUAAAAAACAACCCACAGCUUACUCCAGUAAACAUCACCCGGACAGCAGGACAAGGUCAGAUAAGAGGAUACCAAUGAGAAAAAAAGAGGAAGACGUGAAUUCUGCGCAACCCUGCGCAUGUCCCGCGGACAUCCUGAAGAAUCCUCUUGUGAUCGGUCUCAUCGCUGUUGGUGCGGUUGUUCUUGCAUUGAUUGUGAUCCUUCCUAUUACACUAGCAACUCCGAACCAGCCUUGACAGAGAGAGCAGGGAACCCGUGAUGUCAGCACUGGAGGUCGAUACAUAACUGUCAGUGAGCAACUUGAUGUCAAGAUGACAACAUUUACUGCUAUUAAUCCACUGUUAUACUUAAUUAUUGUAUUCCAGUAACCCAAUACAGUCUGUCAGUGUGCAGAUUAUUGAAAUUUGGAGCAACAUCCUGCACGUCAAUAAACUUUAUCGCCGCCUUAUGUUUCUCUGUUGUUUCUCUCUAAGUCUUUAUUCAUUCCGUUGAUUUUAUAUUUAUUUUGUAUUUUGUCAUGUUUUAUCAUAAUGCUUCUUUUAACAUUGUCAUUAUGUGCGUAGCAUAAUCUGACCCAUACACAAACAUGUUUAUAGUGUUAAUUUUGUUUGAAUGAAAAUCAUAAUUUAGCCCUGUCAGCUGAACUCUGACAGGCCAUCUUUUGUCCUUGUGGCCUUACCCUGACCUCCUCUGGCAGGACUGUAAAUUGCACACGACAAGAAGGAUUUGCUGGUUUUCUGAGGUCUGAUAUUUUAGUUGAUUAUACAUGUCAGUCACUGCCCAGGAUUGAGCCACUGACAACAAUAAUUGAAAAAGUGAAAUGUCUUGAAACAAGUGCAUAUAGAUUUUAGAAUCUGUUUAGACACCCUGUUAUUACUUAAUAACAUCACAUUAAUCAAUUUCCUAUAUUUACAUUUCGUAUUAGAAUGUUCUGACUAUUAUGCUCCAUUACACUGUUUUUUCAAUGCUUUUUAGCGCAGUUUAGCAACAUUAAGCUGUCAAACUGUAGCUGAAAAAGCAAAUGUGAAAUGUGAGAGAGAAAGCUUCAAUAAAGAUGUAUGUAUGAUUGUGGACAAUUGGAUUUUAUUUGAAAUUCACCACAACACAGAUGGUCAAUCACAUUAAUCUGGUUUGAUAAACGAAUAAUGAAGAAAGGUACAUAUAGUUAUGAAUAACAAUUUGCCACCUUGUACAUCACUUAUGUAACAAAUAUAUUCUUGAUUACUUUUAUAUCAGUGUGUUAAUGUUACGAGUGGUUUGCAUUUCGGAACAUAUAUAUGAUACAAAACAGACCAGACUCCUCCUCACACUUCUUUUUAAAUGUACUCAAUAUAUCAAGAGGGUUGUCAUUAGAAGAAUAU